ACAUUGGCGUAAACUGUUUAGCCGGCUAGCAACUUAAACGGGCUGUAGUAUAACGUCACUGUUAUCGAUAGGUAGUGUAAGUUGAUUAAUGCUUAUGUGUGUUAUAGCACGUUCGCUAGUUCAUUAAAGUACAGGGUGUCUGUAGCUAGUUAGCGCACUGUCCGACCUCGUCCCUCUUUGACCUACCGAUUGCGAGAUGGGAAUCAGUUAGCAGUUUGUGGACAGUUGCUUGGGAAAAUCAGAUACAGCUCUGUAAAACUGGCGUCUGCAUUAUUUUGCUGGCUGCGUUAGAUAGUUGGUUAGCAUACCUAACUUGAAAGGUUAAUAAUACUAUCCAGAUGCUUAAACAGGUGGUUCGCAUCUCAGGAUGCAGGCGCUAUCUACCCCAGGCACAGCUGGUGUGCUAGCUAGAUCUCUCGAGCUGCCUAUUUGGUAUCUCCGAGUCAGUAGUAGAAAAAAUGGUUGCUGGACAACUAAGCAAGAAGCUUGAAAAGGCACUACAACUACGACCUGAGCAGGGAGAAGACAUGGCGCGUCUUGUUGCCGUUUGCAGGGAAGGAGAGGAUGACUAUCAGUUCCUUGCACGCCAAAUUCCACUCUUCAUUAAUGACACUUUGACAAUGGUUAUGGAAUUUUCAGACAGUGUCAUGGACCUUGACAGUCAUCAAAUUAACUCUUCACAGUUGAAACAGUUUGUUCAGUAUCAUGCCAUGCUAAAGCAGCAAGACCUGAGUAUUUCCAUGAUGGUGACCUCACGGGAGGUGUUCAGUGCCCUGUCACAGCUGGUCCCAUGUGUGGGGUGUCGGCGCAGCGUGGAGCGUCUCUUCUCACAGUUAGUGGAGUCAGGGAAUCCGGCCCUUGAGCCGCUGACUGUGAGGUCCACAGGCGUAUUAUCAGUCACUAAGGCCUGCAUGGCAGAUGCCAAGAAGCUUUACACACUCUUCUAUGUCCAUGGGUCGAAAUUGAAUGAUAUGAUUGAUGCCAUCCCUAAAAGCAAGAAGAACAAACGCUGCCAGUUGCACUCUUUAGACACACACAAACCUAAGCCUUUAGGUGGUAGCUGGAUGGACGUGUGGGAGCUCAUGUCUCAGGAGUGCCGAGAUGAGGUGGUUCUGAUUGACAGCGCUUGUCUCUUAGAGACCCUAGAGACAUAUUUACGCAAACACAGGUUUUGCACUGAUUGCAAAAACAAGGUGCUGAGAGCUUACAACAUCCUGGUGGGAGAGCUGGACUGCAGUAAAGAGAAGGGUUACUGCGCUGCUCUAUACGAGGGUCUUCGCUGUUGCCCCCAUGAACACCACAUCCAUGUGUGCUGCGAAACAGACUUCAUCGCACACCUCCUGGGUCGGGCUGAGCCAGAGUUCGCUGGAGGAUAUGAACGCAGAGAAAGACAUGCCAAAACUAUAGAUAUUGCACAAGAGGAGGUUCUGACCUGUCUGGGCAUACAUCUCUACGAGAGGCUGCAUCGAAUCUGGCAGAAAUUGAGAGCUGAGGAGCAGACUUGGCAGUUGUUGUUCUAUCUGGGCAUUGAUGCUCUACGCAAAAGUUUCGAGAUGGCAGUGGAGAAGGUGCAGGGCAUCAGCCGACUGGAGCAGCUGUGCGAGGAGCUGUCAGAGGAGGAGAGAGCUAAGGAGUUAAAACAAGAGAAGAAGCGUCAGAAACGCAAAAACCGGCGUAAAAACAAGUGUGGCUUUGACAUCAUUGAGCCGGACACUGACUGCAAAGUCAAGAGUCUUGAAAAGGGCUCUACGGAGUCGGUGAACGGUGGCUGUAAGGACUGCAGAAUUGGAGAGGAGUCUGUAAGCUGCGGGGAAGUCAUGGUCACCAAUGAGGGCUCCUCCUGUAGUUGCCCCGCAGCGUCCAUACUGGGCUCUCCCAAAGUCAAAAAAGGUCUGUCACCCCGCAGUAACGGCAGCGACUGUGGCUACUCAUCCAGUAUGGAGGGCAGCGAGACCAGCUCAAGGGAAGGCUCAGACGUAGCGUGCACCGAGGGCAUCUGCAACCAUGAUGAAGCAGGUGAUUACUCGUGUAGCCACCGGUGCUCAGAGGACAAGGAGGAGGACUGUGUGGACAGCUGUGUUGAAUGCUGGGCGAACUCCGAAGAGAACCUCUUAGGCAAGAAUAAAAAGAAGAAAAGAAAGAAUAAGGUUGGAAUGUUUGGGAGCGAUCAGGGGUCCAAGCCAGAGGGUUGUACGGCGGACAUCAACAGGAGAGAGACCCCAGGAAUGGCCCACGGCGUAACGAUCUCACACACGUGCAGAGGGAAGGACACCUGUGCACAGCUGUGUUGUGACUCGUUUGCUAGCAUUGUACUUCAACUCCCAUGGGCGGAGCAUCGGAAGAGCAGUGCCCUCGUCCCCGGCCUGCCAGCGGAGUGUACCCAGGGGGAGUGCGGCACCAAGAGCCUCAUGCAACUUCUGGAUGAAUCUGAAGUGACCUCAGAUGAAGAGAACUGUCUCACACAAGACGAAAUCCAGUCGUUUGUGGAAAAUAACAAGUCUUUCAUGAGCAACCGGAAUCGGUACAGACAGCACUUGAAGGAUCGAUUCACUAAAUACUGCCGCUCUAACGAGCAGAGUAAGUCUGUAUGCAGUGCAGAAUGGCUUCCAACCACCAGCGUCAACUAGAAACACACACCUAGAGAAUUUAUCUUUUUAUGAAUUGAAAACUCACUAUUACUACUGCUGCAAUGCCUUUAAACAAAAGACGAAAAAUAUGAAUUCAAAUGAAAGAAAAAGACUUAAGUUUUAGACACUCAUUCUUGUUCAGUUAUGGUUUUCCUCCAUGAAAGUGAAUGUGAUUCUCGUUGUCCAGAAUCCCUUUUUCCAUGUGCCCCCCCCUUUUUUUUUCCCUCCACCAUGUUCAUCCCCCUUUCACCACACGUUGUCAUCUUGUUCACACCUGACCAAAUCCAUUUUCCUCAAGUUCAGUAGGGCUGCUGGUUGAGAGUGAAAUCAAGCUUGUAAAGCUGUGACUAAGUUUUAGAUGCUGAUAGACUAGUCUUGUUUUUUUUGUUAGUUUUUUUUUUUUUUCUUUGUCUUUAUUUUGUCUCACUGCCUGUGACAUUUUGGUGGCAAAGGAUUUACCAAUAAAUGUGUACAGAAAUUAUCUGAAUAUAAAGACUUUACAGAGGAAAAAAAAAACAUCCAUUUGUAACACUUGGGUGUAAUGGGUGUACAUUUGGAUGUAAUGAGGAGCGCAAUGUGCAAAAUUUACAUAAUAAAGAUAUUUAUUAAUAUGCAACA